CUUUUCUCGGCACGCGUCUACUUGACUGGCAUAAUGCCACGGUUCACAGCCACAAAGCCCUCACCGCUGGAUUCCUGCGAAUGCCAAUGGGCAGGCCCCGGAGAUUGCGCAUUGCAUCGACUGGCUGAGUAUGUGUCGCUUAUAAGGGGCGCAAAUGCGCUCAUUGCUGGUUGCACGAUAUCCCCUGGCAGACGGCAGCUUGCGAAAAUCCAACCGUACGUAUAAUUUGGACAGGGAGAGAGAGGACUGGGACAUGUCUUGGUCUCAAGCGAUGUGAUGCGAUCGUCUGUGGUCUCACGGCUCUUCUCGAAGUCGCACUGCCAUGGCCAAUCCGGUGCCUUGUUAUGUAGUCCGCGGCUCUCCUUUUCUGCCCCGGCCGUGAUGGCUUUACCCGUGGGUGCACCGCGCUCGCACACUCCGCAGCGAUAUCACAUGGACGUCAUGCUUCACCAUGGAGAGCGGAGCGCACCAAUUCUCAGGAAUAUGCGGCUCUCAUCGGCCCGAAACCGGUUGCUCGCAAGCACCCUUCGUCCCGAAUGGCUUGGAAGUUCCGUGGGAGCUCCUGCUCCUACCUCGACCGACAAGGCCAUCAGCGAAGCAGAAUCAUAGAAGGGAAUGUCCUCUCUUACACACGCAGCAGCCAUGGAGAGCUGGGAAGUAGGAUGUCGCGGGCGUCUGAGGAUGAUAUUUAAGCCCCUGCGAGGAUCUCGAGGCUUAAAAAGUGUUCUUUCCCCUCGAAAGCAUGAAGUUCGCGUUCUUUACCUUGGCGUUCUGCGCCUUGUCCGCUUUCGCCAGUUCGGAGGCCGUCGAGAAACGAGACAACCAAUUGCCUGCUCGGGUCCCGUACAUCUUCCCUGCGCCCGGUACCAACGCGGUCGCCGACAAGAUCCGAAGUGUUCGUCCCGGAGGAAUUCUCCUCGAUCUCGAUGGUGCUCUCCUCAACAACGCGAUCGUCGCCAACGCCUGGACGGACUUCAUCGAGACCGUGCGCCGCAACCUGACCAUCCCCGGAAACGUCCGCGAGCUUCUGGUAUGUGUGUCGGUGCGCACGAUGUCACAGCUUCACACAUCCCUCCUCGAAUCCAGAUUCUCCGCACCGCCGUCGCGAAUACCGCCACGUACCAGUGGCUUCAGCACGAGCCCGUCGCGCGCAGCUCAGGCAACAUGACGACCGCCCAGCUGCUCUUCCUCCGGUUUGCCCCGCAGAAGACGUUCUCCUGGGCCGACGGGCGGCUCACCGGGCUGUCUGACGCGCAGCUCGCGAGCAUGGCGUUCGCCGACUGGAUGGCCGACACCGUGCACAUCCCCGAUUCGGUGUACAACGCCGUCAAGACGCACUUCAACACGUCGCAGAUCAUGGAGAUCACGCUCACGGCGGGCGCGUACUCGCUGGUGUCGCGGUUGACGGUCGGGCUGGAUCUGGACUCGGAGGGCGAUGUGCCGCUUCCUGUCCCGCAGUAAGAUUCUAUCCAAUGUGCACCAAGAUGAGAGUCGGCCUUCGAGCGAGAGAGUGACAAACGCGUGCCGUCACACCACGUGAAGCUAUAUUAGACAGGAAAAUGAAAACGUGCGGCAAGAAUGGUACGAAUUACACUUGAAGUUUUGACAAACAAAUACAGAUGUGUGAAAAUGUAACAAGGCAAGUCAGACGAGAUUGUGGCAGUCGGGGCAUUCCAGGGUCGGGGGAUUGAGUGGAUCCGGAACCACAACAGGGACAGUUUUCCGCGGCCGUCCUCUGGUCCUCUUCUUGAGCACCACAUCAGGCUCCUGCUUAACCACGGUGUCCCAUCCCUCGGGAAGCGUGGUAUCCCAGCCUGCUGGCAUCUGAGCGCGCCAGUCCUGCAGCCACGCAGCCUUGGUGCUGUCCCCUUGGCAUAGAAACUGGCACACUUUCCGCCGGGCCUCGAUCACAGCGGGUCCGUUGCCCACGACCCCAGCGGGGCCCCCGCGUAUGACAGAGCGUGUUGCGAGCUUCACGAGAUCCGCGGGGAGGCCCGAGAUGUGGUCGUCCAGAACCUGCAGAUCUGGCGCGACUAGCGAGUCUGGCGUCGAUGUGCUCAGCCGCGGUCGCUUCGACGGUCGCUCCGACGUGGAGGACACGGACGACGGCGAGUCGUCUGCAACGGCGCUCCAGAAGGGGUAUAGUGGCCGGCUGUUUGUGUCGGGGUCGAACUGCAGGAACUCAGCUGGAGUGACUCUCCGUGAGGGAAGCGGGGAGGAGAGACAUUUUCGGUGCAGCCAGCGUCGACAGCGGGAGCAAAAGUGCAUGAUGUGUUCCGCGGAUGUUUCGUCUGGAUCGUACGCUUCGCCACAGCAGCAUAGCGUUGGUCGAGCUGGCUGCAGAGGUGAGUUAGACCAGGAUCAUACCGUAUUCUCGCACGCACCGAUAUUGCACCGCUAGUGUGAUGGUAUGUCGAGCGGUAAUAGAGCUCCUCGGCGUGAAUCAGCUCUUGUUCUGGGAUGUUCUCGUCGAAAGAUUUCAUAGUGACGAUUUCUGUUCUAUAGAUUGAGAGACGUGAGAAUCAGGAUGUCAGAUGACGCGCCUUGAAAGACAGAGACGGAUAUACAGUCCCGAUGGCCUGACUGAAAGCGCUCAAACUUGCCGCAACCCUUUAAUCUCCUGUCCAGGGAUCAGGGACAGCAGAAAACGCAGAACAGAGGGGGAUAGGACCGACCCACGAAGGCGAGGGUUUUCUUUUCGUAGGUCGUCCGCAGAGUAAAACCACUCGACCAUGACUCAGACAUCAGACUCAGGCCUUACUGCCUUGCUCUCUCCUUGAGCAGGUAAGCGCCCACGAAUCUCAACGACCCUCGCUAUCCAGUAUUGGUGGAUGUCCAGCAUCCCGACCUCGUGUCCGAAUGGUUGCACAAGCACUCUGUCAAAGACACAACCAUCAGCGCGCAACAGAAAUACGGAUGGGACGGAAGGGACAAACUUGCUGCCGGCUUGGAAUGUAUACAUUUCCUGCGAGUCCUCGGGAAUAACUGCUUCCGAGUUGUCAAUGCGAGAUCUGAAGAGGGGGAUGGUCCACAGUGACACAGACUGUUGAACGCGUCGUAGGUCUUCAUGCUCUCCCAUUCGUUCAGCGUAGGCGCGUCGCAGUCGUUUCCCAGCUUAGAAUCUCCGGGAGAAGGAUCUACGCCCGACUUUCGCGGACGCGUUUUCUUUGCUUUGACCAUUGCGCGCGUGGGUAG